AUGUCGUCCGCCGCCUCCACCCCGCCCCGCUCCCCCUCCGUCGCCGCCUCAACCUUCACACCGCUCGUCUGCGUCGUCGACUUCCACCACCACCGUGGUCCGGAGAUCGAACAUUGGAUCGGCGCCUCUCCCGACAGUGACCCCACCACCCAAAAUGACUGGCAUCUCAUCCCAUACAUGGCGCUGCCGGACGGCGCACACCAAUCAGAAGAGGAGUUUAGCUAUUUCAGCCUGGUACACAAGGCGUCCACGACGGAGACCGGACAGGACGUCAUUCCCACCUCGGUGUUUGGAAUUAGCUGUAUGCACCAGAUCGAUUCGGCGGGAUUGCUGUACCGCCCACCUGAAGUCACCCGCAGUGCAGUACAAAAGGCUGUCGUGGCGAUCACGGACAGACCGCAGAAUUUCGGCGCGCUGAGGGAGAGGUUGAGUGUGGUGACGAGUGCGUGGUUCGCGCAGAAGGACUUCCGGGACAUCGAUAUUUUGCAGCGCUUUCAGGAGAGCCUGGUGAGGGACAGUCGGCAGGAGAGUGAUCGCGACCAGUACUUCGGGUUGAGUCUUCGCGAAUUGAUACACACGUUCAAAUGGCAGACGCUGGUGCUGUUGAAAUGUUUGCUUCUUCAACGAAAGAUUUUGUUUUUUGGAUCACAUUGCGAGCGAUUAUGUCAGGUCCAAUUCUCCCUAAUAUCGUUAAUACCGGGAUUGAUCCGGACGUUACAAGACUGCGCCGACCCUCACAUGGACCGCAAUGCCGAAACCCGGCAAAAGCCCGAUUCGGUACGAACGAGCGAUCGCGCGUCUGUCCUCACAUAUGUUGGAUUGCCACUCCAGCUCUUCGGCAAGGGCAGCUUCUUUGGGCCUUACACACCUUUGCAGCAACUCGACACCAUCACCGAUCUUGAGACGAAGAGCUACGUGAUCGGUAGCACCAACAGCUUAUUAUUACAACAUAAGGAGAAGUAUUGCGAUGCAUUGCUCAACCUUGACGAGAAUGUGGUCAGCAUACUUGCACCGAAUCUGAAAUCUGUCUUGACGCUAUCGGCGUCAGAUCGGAGAUGGAUCGACUUUCUCACCCAAGCCGUUAAUGACACUUGGGAUCCUAGCGAUCCAUCAAGACCUACCACCCACGGCUACUCAGGUAGCGAAGAAUUCAUUCGAUUACAAUUCGAAGAAUAUCUCAUCGCAUUGUUAUCCUCCACCAAGUAUCAUCAAUAUCUCGCAGCAUGCAAAGACACCGGCGCGAAAGCCAUCGGCACCGGCAUCGAAGGCGAUCCCGCCACCGACUUUGCCCUCCCCUUCAUCGACGCCUGGCAACAAUCGGAAAACUACACUCUCUGGAACCGCACGACAGACGACCAUCUCUUCGACAUCGUCGAACCCCGCCAUCCCUGCGCCGGCGGCCUCACCAUCGACGACGUCCAACGCCGCCUCGCCGCCCAAGUCGCCGAACUCCACCUCGACGAACGCUUCAACCAAACCCGCGAAGUCGUCGGCAAGCGCCUCGCCGACGGUCGCGUGCAGGUGACCUCCGCCCUGAGCAAAGUCUGGACGGACAUCGAAGCCAUGCGCGAGGCCCAGCGGAAACGCGGCGACGAAGCUGCCGCAGCCGCAGGCCAAAUACAGAACGAGAACAAGAGCCCUACCUCGCCCUCGGCGGAUCAGACACGAUUCCCGAAACCGGAUCUCACCGUGGCGGGCGCGACGGUCGUCGCGGCGGGCCAGAAGGCGGGUUCGUUUUUCAGCUCCUGGGGCUCUUGGGCGUCGGAGAAGAGGAGGUCGGGAUGGGUGCGGUCGGCGAGUGGAUCGGAGGUCCCAAAAGCAGCAGCGGUGGCGGCGGGCACUUCGUCGACGACAGCGGGUGCAGCGCCUGGUCUCGUCGUGGAGGAACCCCCGUUGAAAGUGGCGCUCGAGGAGGAGAAGAUCAUGUGGGAAGGGGAGAUUUUGAAGGAGGGCCUUCAUGAUGAUGAUGAUGGCGAUGAUGAUGACGAUGACGACGACGAUGACGGUGAUGAUGACAAGAAACGAAAUUCCAAGUCUGUAGAGGCCGUGGUCAAGAAAGAGGAGGGCAAGAUGGAGAGUGCAGCGGAUGAGGUCAAGACCACAGCAUCGGCUCUGCAGGAGAAGGAAAACGAAAGCUCAUGA